AUGCUGCAGCCAUCUGGUGGGAGAAACAGUCACUACGAUCACUUCGCACCAAGUAGCAGCUUUGUUUACAGUGUGUUACAAUGGCAGGAUACAGAUCAAAGCUCAGUUCAGAAGAAAUUUUAGAACUUCUUUUGAAUGGAGACAUGUCAGAUCUUGAGAUUAGUGAGGAGGAGGAUGGUGAUUUUGAUCUGGCAGAUGAUGAUGUGCAGCAACCCAAUGUUCCUUCCCCAUGUGAACAUAGUAGAAGCAGUACUGAUAAUUCUGAUGAUGACGAGAGUUCUUCACAUAAUUGCAGGAUGUUUUGGGAGAAAUGCGAAAGGUUUGAGGGACUCCAGGCAACCUUCUCACCCACGGAAGUUGCAGAACAUAAAGAGAAGCAGAUCAUGGACUAAUUUCAGCAAUACUUUGACUUGGCCUUUUUUUAGGAUACGUCUGAACUUAACAAUAUGAGAUAUUUACAGCAGACUGGAAGGUCUUUAAAGCUGUCUGCCAAGGAAUUGCAGGUAUUUAUUGGAGCAACAAUACUAAUGCCUUGUUUGAGGUACCCUAGAGUUA